AUGGAUUCCAAUUCUACACCGAAAAGGCGUCGAAUCAACAAUCCAGAGUACUCUCAUCAGGGGAAACUACAUGCAGCCGAACAGAGCGUUACGGUACCGUUGGAUGUAAUCAUCCUUAUGCCCAGUGCCUUCUUCCAGUACAGAAAUAUCAUUGAAAUCGACCUACCGGAAACGUUACGAACAAUCAGGAAAAAUGCCUUUUACCGGUGUAUCUCACUGACCGGAAUCUCCAUUCCGCCUUUUGUGGAAGACAUUGAUGACGGCGCCUUUCAACAUUGCACAAGUUUGAUGGGAGUAGAGCUCCCAGAUACUACUCGUAGUCUGAAUCUAGAGAAAGAGAUCUUCAAGGGCUGCAAGGCUCUUGUGAACAUUUCCUUCCCUCCAAAUAUCUUUAUUACUGGAUAUGACGUUUGCAAGAGAUGUGAUUCUCUGUUUAAGUUCCCCGAACCAGCAAGAGAUGACUACGGCGAUCUUAAAAGCUUUCUCUAUGAGAGGUUCAAAAAUCUACCUGUACACAAGGCAUGUUAUCACGCAAGAAGUACAACGGUUGACCAUCUACUAGCUGCGAUUGGCAGUGACAGAGGUUAUCCAAAUUACCCCAUAGAUGUAUAUGAGAUGGGUCCAAUGCAUGUAGUGGCGAGUUCUGCCAUCCUGCGCAUUGAUCUUAUGGAAACACUGAUCGAUAAGUAUGAAAUGAGGCGUCUUCACGACAAGGACGGUCACGGAAAGACCGCAAUGGAUUACUUGCUGGCAAAUAGAGCUUCUAAAUCUGCAGAAAUGAUCAAGAUGGUACUGAAGAGGACCUUUAAGCCUUUUGGCUGGACCGGCUGGGGCUUGGAGAAAUGGCAAAGUGUGUUAUGUGCCGAAAUUGAAUCCAAAUCCUGGGAUGGCAACUUUGACAGCAGGCGCGAAUGCCUGCGCGAGCUGGCAAAGAAAGUGUCGACGUAUGGCAAAGUAGAGAUGUCAUCUCUUUUGGAACUUGCAUUAUGGAAAGUGGAGAUGAACCAAGGGGAUUCUGACCGAGACUCUAGUCGCAUGACCUGUGGAUCUAAUGUGGUGAUCGGAAAUGUGUUUGGAUACAUCAGCGACGACUCGACAACGGCAACUGCGUCAUCUACCAUCAACUUCAUGGGAUGGUAUUUAGAAUGGCUGGAGGGAGUAUUUCAAGAGUCCGAUUCCUCCUCGGAUGAAUCCGAAUCCUCCUUGUCGGUAGAUGACGAUGCUUCCUCUUCCUCAGAAGAAGAAGUCUUUACCGCUUUCGAAGAUUCGGUGGAGGAAGUUGCUUCGUCUUCCUCAGCAGACGAAUACGACUACUAG